UCCACAUGCUUCCACAUGCUCCUUAGUGUUCAAGUAGACGUCAGUGCUUACCCCGUCUGUCUGCGUAAAGGUCAUUGGGACAGCCUGGUGUGCCCCACUCUCAUAGUGAAGCUGAUCAAAGCAAUUGAAAGUGCAACCAAGGAUGAUGACACAAAAUGGCUGACCUACUGGGUGGUGUAUGGCGUGUUCAGUGUGGCUGAGUUCUUUGCUGAUAUCUUCCUGUCCUGGUUCCCCUUCUACUAUAUGUUCAAGGGUGCUUUCUUGGUGUGGUGCAUGGCCCCUACCCCCUCCAAUGGCUCCGUCUUGAUUUACACGCGUAUCGUUCGUCCCAUCUUCCUGAAGAAUGAGGCAAGGAUCGACAGCGCCAUGAAGGAUAUCAAAGACAAGGCAACUGAAGCAGCCGACAAGUUCAAAGAUGAGGCCAAGAGAGCCACAGCCAACAUCAUGUUUGAAGAGAAGAAGAGCGACUAAGGAAAUGCUUUGAGCGGAGCUCAUAUCAACAGUUGGAAACCCGGGGAGUGUCUGUCACACACCUUAAUAAAUGUUGCCUUGAAGUUUUUAUUUUAAAUGUUUAUUUUAUAAAGCAACUGGAGGAUAGCUUUUGGUCUUGCGCACUUCUCCUGUCUGUGAAAGUCGAAGCAAAUAGACUGAAGCAUUGUAACUAAUUUAAAGCCUUUUGGUUGCUGUCAAAUGUCAGCAAGACAGCUUCACAACCUUUAAAUUGUAUAUCCUAAUGCUGAACGUCACUUUUGUUGGUUCACUUGCUGUGCUUAAAAUAUCGAAAUAAAACCAGAGGUGGUCGAA